GGCCGAGGGGAGGCCCCACAAAAAUGUAUCUCAGAAAGAGCGCUCUGCUCAGUCCCCACUCGCGACAAUUUUUAACGGAUCGCCGCGACUACUGCGCUUGUGUUGUGUGAUCGCGACAAUUUGUCGCCGUUAAAAGAAUUCCGUGACAUCAGUAGUCGCGUUCUGUCGGUGGCAAAAACAGGACUCGUCGGAGACGCCGACCGCAGCCCCCUCCCACUGCCCCACUCCGCUCCACCCACUGGGCAGACUCGCAAAAAUCCGACCGAAAGAAGCCCAGGCCGACCGCAAUUAUCACCUGGUGCACCGACGUUACGGUAGCGGCGCUACCGGAUUUUUCGCGACGCGGACACGUGGCGCUAGUUGAUGUGAGUGGUGAGGACGGACGGACGACCACCGAAUCUAUUUCUUCUUGUUGCUGUGACCUAGUGCGGGUGUGCAGGAAGCCAUGCUUCCUUUGGCGACGACUCAGUGAGUGCAGCAGCGACUGGGACACACACCAUGUCCCAGUUUGGCUUCCGAGCAUCGCCGAAUACUCAGAGUGCAGUAUCGUCGGGACCUAGUCAGCCUUCACCUCCUCCUUCAAGCAUGGCAGUAACCUCUUCGGCUCCAACUCCGGGAAGUCCGCCCGCUCCGUCUCAAAGAUGCUGUGAUACCGGCAGACCUCUUUUCACCGACCCGCUAACCGGUCAAAGUGUGUGCUCGUGUCAGUAUGAACUUUUAGGAUAUCAAAGAUUAGCCGGCGGAGUCCCGGGCCUCCCGGCCCUCUCCAUGUACAGCGCGCCCUAUCCCGAAGGAAUGGCGGCCUACUUCCCAGCGCUGGGGGCCGACCAAGCCCCCUUCUACACUUCGACGGCUGCCGGUUUAGAAUUGAAAGAAAACUUGGCAGCGGGGGCUGCGACAUGGCCCUACCCUUCCGUUUAUCAUCCCUAUGAUACCGCCUUCGCAGGAUAUCCAUUUAAUGGAUAUGGGAUGGAUCUCAAUGGUGCGCGUCGAAAAAACGCCACCAGAGAAACGACCAGUACACUCAAGGCAUGGCUUAACGAACACAAAAAGAACCCGUAUCCAACCAAAGGCGAAAAAAUUAUGUUGGCCAUUAUUACAAAAAUGACCUUGACGCAGGUCUCGACGUGGUUCGCGAACGCGCGGAGGCGACUCAAGAAGGAGAACAAGAUGACGUGGGAGCCGCGAAACAGAGUCGAAGAUGAGGACAACAACAACGACGAUGACGACCACAAGAGCACAGACGGCAAAGACAUUCUAGAUUCUAAAGAUUCGGGCACCGCGUCCAGCGAAGACGGCGACCGACCACCGCAUUCGCGUCUCGCUCCGGACACAGCGAGCGAAUGGAGCGAAUCGCGCCCCGAUAGCGGCCCGGACAGCCCCGAGUGCUACGAGCGCCCCCCUCACCCCGCCUUCCUGCCGCCGCGCUCGUCCGGCUCUCCGCCGCAGAUCUCGGCGUCCGUGAGCUCCAAGCCCCGGAUUUGGUCGUUGGCCGACAUGGCCAGCAAGGAGAGCGACGGUCCGCCGCCGUCUACCGCCUCCUCGCUAUACUCCACGGCGGCGAGCCGCCUCCGCUUGCCGCCCCCGGGCCUCCACACCGCCCCCUACGCCCGCCCGCACGACUUCUACCGGAGUCUGUACGGGCCUGGGAUGGCCGGCAGCGGCUCUCCCGACGCCUCUCUCCUCGAAACGUACUCCAGGACCCUCGCCGGGCAGUCGGUGCUGACGAAGGCGAAUCUGGCGACGGCCACGUCCAUUGCGAGCAAUGGCCCCUUGGGGCUGACCACGAGUUCGCGGCUGUCGCCGUCGUCGACGUCGUCGCUGUCGUCCGGCUCGGAGACGCCCUUGAAGCCGGUGGCGCUGAAUAAGGCUUGACCUACGACCGUUGUGGCGGGUUUGUGGCCCUGAUCUACCUCGGCAGUGUGCAUGAUGACCAAUGUGGACAAUAACGGACGCAAAUUCCCGUAGUGUGCUGUACAGUCAAUGUGAUAUAUACCUUUCGGUUCCUUAGUUUACGGUCCAGGGUCUUUAGAUGUUGAAAUUCUAGGAUUUUUGCUCUCUUUUGGUCCCAGUCUCUAGAGGCGCUGGACCGUUCCGGCGCCUUAGUUCGUUCUCUUGUAAAUAAAGUGACUGCCAUCGGCAGCAGUAUAAAAACUUGUAUCUAUGUAUGUACCUAGCCUAGACCCAUAAGCAGAUAUUUGUUAUUAUAAUGUGUACUAUUAAGAACAAUAUACAUUCAAAACCGUACGUGGAAAUUAACUAUACUGUAUUCAUUGUACUACAGGAUCUUCCCUCUACACCGCACAUUACAACUAUGGUGGUAAGUCUAACAAAAAAAUUGAUUCAUCUCAAAACUUGCAUACGGGCUUAAUUCAUAUAAAUAAGUCCGUUUUAAUGGAAAUAUUUUAAGAUGGUCGCAAUCUUUUGUUCUUUUAAGUAGAAAGUCAUAUUUUUUUAAAAGUUUAGAAUUUGUCCAAAAUGUUUGGAAGAUUGUUAACUAAUUUUCUCAAUUGUGAGUGUACCUACCAAAGGAAAUAUUUAUUUUUUUUCCAAAUGCCUUUAAUGCCUGUAUAUGAUUUCAUCAUACUCAGUUAUUGAUUUUUGAAAAGGCAGGUCUAAGUCCAACUGAAAAAACGUCCAAAAUUUAUGUGAGCUAUGGACACUUUUCAAAAAAACUCUUGAACAGGUUGGUUUUAUAUUGGUAAAUGUUACCUUUUGACACCAUAACAACAGUUGUAAUGUUGUUGGUUUUUGAGUUAUAGCACCAUAAAAGUAUAUCAGACUGUUCCGUCUAAACUCCACAUUAAAAUUAUUGGGAGUUCUGACAAUGAUAGUCAUCUGAAAAUUGAAUCAUAAUCCUUUGAUUGAUUCUUAUUUUAAAUGGAAAGUUAUGUUUUGUACUGCAUUUUUGGAUUACUCGAUUUUUUUGAGAGGGUUUUUAUCAGCUUUCCCUAUACCUACCUAAAUUUAGUCAUUUUCGAAAUAUUUAGAAUUUUUUAUUAAUUUUGGAUUUGCAUCUUUGACUCCAAAAAUCGAUAACUCUACCGUUUAUAAAAAUUUUGAUAUCCUUUUUGUAUUAUUUAAAAGAGAAGAUUAAGAUGUUUUCUCUGGUGUUUUCAAAUUACUAAAAAAGUUAGCAAACCCAAAAUUUUUGCAAACAUUAACCUUUACCCAAAAUUUUCAAAUGAAAUGCCAUAAUUUUUGAUCUGUAUUAGCAUUCCCUGUGCUUAAUUUAUUUUAUAUUUAUUGUUUUCAAGUUAUACGAACUUUUUGUUUGUUGCCAUUAAGAAAUUUAUUAGCCAUAUCUCUUUUCGCAAAAGUUGCCGUGCAAAUGUAAGUAAAGUAUAAUAAAUCAAAGUUUUUCAAAUCCAAAUUUAAUGAAUUUAUAAUGUUUUAACGAAAAGGAAACCAAGAUUUUGAAGAAAACUUAUUGUUUAUUCAAUCAGAAAUGUUUUUUUUGUCAAACUCUACAAAAAUAGCUAUCGCAGUAAAGUAUUCCCAGAAAAAUACAAAAAAAAGCACAACUUCAAAGUUAUCACAAACAGUACGUCCAUCUAGUGAAUUAAAAAUUGGGGCAUUCCACUGGAAAAAAUUGAGUUAUCGUUUGUUGUUCAAAAAUAACGUUAAGAUUUUGGAGUUUGUUAACUUUUUUUUAAUUCUGAACACACUGAAGGAAAGCUAUAGGCUUUCUUUUUUGAUUGUCCAAAUACGAUUUCUACAACACUGAAAAUAGCAGUAUUACCAAUUACCAUGAAGUGAAAGAUGCAAAUCCAAAAAUUUUCGAAAAAUCCUGAAUAUUUCGAAAAUGGCUAAACUCAGGUAUAGUGAAAACUGACGAAAAUCCCUUUGAAGUAACUCGAGAAAUCCAGAAACGCAGUUAAAAACACAUCUUACCAUUUAAAAUAAGAAAGUUGAUAGCGUCUUCAAAAAUAUUUUCAUUCAAAAGGACCCAAUGGGUUAUGGCUGUACAUCAAUUUUCAGAUAAAUAUAUCAUUGUCAGAGCGUUCAAUUUUUGUAAUAUGGGCUUUAGAUGGAACGAACAACCUGUAUUUUAUGCUUUACUUUUGGUACUUUUGGUUAUUUCUAAAAUGUUUAAACAUAGAUUCACAAGGUGAUUUUUUAAAACGUGCAAAUUUAAUGUUACAGAAAAUAACGGAAAAAUAUGAAAAUUCCAAAGCAGGUCAUUGUUUAUUGACAAAGCUCGUUUAAAAACUCACAAUGUAUUGUAGUAACAAGUGUAAAUCCAAAAAAAAAAAUUAGAAAAGUGUAGAAAAUCUGAAAGUAUUUUCCUGGGCAGGACUGAACUGAUUAUGUCUGUGUCCAAGUUUUUGGAUGAAUAUCGUGUUAGAACAGUCAGUCAAUGAUUGCAAUGUGGAGUUGGAGGGAACGGCCUGUGCAAAUCACCACACACGAGUAUUUUUUCCAGCAGACAUAUCAGCAGUUUAAACAAUGUAUUUAUAUUUCCAAUUUACCCGGUCGUGUGUUGACGCUGCAAUAAAGUAAAUCGUUCAUUAUUUA